UUGUGGUGAGGGAGUGAGGAGUUGCGCAGGUGUGUUCGGUGCUCUGGGGGUCGCGGUUGGCGCUGCGCCGUGYGCUUGUGGAUCGCGGCUGACGCCAUGGGCUCGGACAAGCGCGUGAGCAGGACGGAGCGGAGCGGCCGCUACGGCUCCAUCGUGGAGAGAGAGGAUCGCGAUGAGCGGGAGUCUCGGAGUCGGCGCAGGGACUCGGACUAUAAGCGGUCCAGCGAGGAGCGCCGCGGCGACCGCUAUGAUGACUACCGCGACUACGACAGCCGMGACUACGACAGCCGAGACUACGACAGUCGCGACGGCCGGGACUGCCGCGACUACGACAGUCGCGACUACGACAGUCGCGACAGCCGGGACUGCCGCGACUACGACAGUCGCGACAGCCGGGACUGCCGCGACUACGACAGCCGGGACUGCCGCGACUACGACAGCCGGGACUGCCGAGAUUAUGAUAGUCGCGACAGCCGGGACUACGACUGCAGGGACUAUGACAGCCGGGACUGCCGAGACUAUGACAGUCGCGACAGUCGAGAUUACGACAGUCGCGACUACGACAGAGAUUACGACAGCCGCGACUACGACAGCCCCGAGAGGGAGCGGGAGCGCAGGAAUAGUGACAAAUCGGAAGAUGGGUACCAUUCUGAUGGCGAAUACGGAGAGCAUGACUACAGGAAUGACAUUAACGAUGAGAAAGAAAGCAAGACCAUCAUGUUACGUGGCCUUCCCAUCACUGUUACAGAAAAUGAUAUUCGGGAGCUCAUUGAGUCCUUUGAAGGUCCUCAGCCUGCAGACGUGAGGCUGAUGAAAAGAAAGACAGGUGUAAGCCGUGGUUUCGCCUUCGUGGAGUUUUAUCACUUUCAAGAUGCUACCAGCUGGAUGGAAGCCAAUCAGAAAAAGCUGGUGAUUCAGGGGAAGCAGAUUGCGAUGCACUACAGCAACCCCAGGCCUAAAUUUGAGGACUGGCUUUGUAACAAGUGCUGCCUUUACAACUUCAGGAGGAGGCUAAAAUGCUUCCGUUGUGGAGCGGACAAGUUUGACUCGGAGCAGGAGGUACCACCAGGAGCAGCAGAAGCCGUUCAGUCCGUGGAUUAUUACUGCGAUACCAUCAUUCUCCGAAACAUUGCUCCUCACACAGUAGUGGAAUCCAUCAUGACUGCAUUGUCUCCAUAUGCCUCUCUGGCGGUGAAUAAUAUUCGUCUCAUCAAAGACAAACAGACUCAGCAAAACAGAGGCUUUGCAUUUGUGCAGCUGUCCUCUGCCAUGGAUGCUUCUCAACUGCUGCAGAUUUUACAGAGUCUUCAACCACCACUAAAAAUCGAUGGCAAAACAAUUGGUGUUGACUUUGCAAAGAGUGCCAGAAAAGACUUGCUUCUCCCAGAUGGAAACAGGGUCAGUGCUUUCUCUGUGGCCAGUACAGCUAUUGCUGCAGCUCAGUGGUCAUCCACGCAGCCACAGACUGGGGAAGGCACCAUUGACUACAGCUACCUUCAGUCAGGACAGGAUGGUUACACGCAGUAUGCUCAGUACUCCCAGGAUUAUCAACAGUACUACCAAAAUCAAGGAGUGUUGGACACAGAUGCAUCUACCAUAUCRGGAGCUCCAGUCACUACUACCACAGCAGCAGUUGUGUCCCAGAGUCCUCAGUUAUAUAACCAACAGACAAACUCACCUGAUUCCCCGACACAGGCGGCACCAGCUACUACUAGCACUCAGGUGCAAGCAGCUGCCCCAACUGGUGUAGUCCCCGGCACCAAGUACGCUGUUCCUGAUACCUCCACCUACCAAUAUGAUGAAUCUUCAGGAUAUUAUUAUGAUCCCAUAACAGGGCUUUAUUAUGAUCCUAACUCCCAGUAUUACUACAAUGCCUUAACCCAACAAUAUCUCUACUGGGAUGGCGAAAAGGAAACCUACAUGCCUGCUGCAGAAGGUAUUACAUACCAGCAGACAGCUACCACAACUACUACCAAAGAAGUGAAGGAGAAGAAAGAGAAGCCUAAAAGUAAAACAGCUCAGCAGAUUGCUAAAGACAUGGAACGUUGGGCAAAGAGCUUGAACAAGCAGAAGGAGAACUUCAAGAACAGCUUCCAGCCACUAAGCACCAGAGAGGAAGAACGGAAAGAAUCAGCGGCCGCAGACGCCGGCUUUGCCCUCUUUGAGAAAAAGGGAGCUCUGUCUGAGAGACAACAGAUCUUGCCAGAAGUGAUCAAAAAUGGGGAAGAUGAGAAUCCACUAAAGCGAGGCCUAGUGGCUGCCUACAGUGGUGACAGUGAUAAUGACGAGGACUUGCUGGAAAGAAUGGAGAAUGAAGAAGAGAAGCUGACUGACUGGAAGAAAAUGGCUUGUCUGCUGUGCAGAAGGCAGUUCCCAAACAAAGAUGCUCUGAUUCGGCACCAGCAGCUGUCUGACUUGCACAAGCAAAACAUGGAUAUCUAUAGGAGAUCAAAGCUUUCGGAGCAGGAGCUUGAAGCUUUAGAGCUACGUGAGCGGGAGAUGAAAUACAGGGACAGAGCUGCUGAGAGGCGGGAGAAAUAUGGCAUCCCAGAGCCUCCUGAGCCAAAACGCAAGAAGGUCUAUGAUGCUGGCUCAGUUAAUUACGAGCAGCCCACUAAAGACGGCCUUGACAAUAGUAAUAUUGGCAACAAGAUGCUUCAGGCCAUGGGCUGGAGGGAAGGCUCAGGUUUGGGGAGGAAAUGUCAGGGCAUCACUGCACCCAUUGAGGCUCAAGUACGGAUGAGAGGAGCCGGCUUGGGGGCCAAGGGGAGUUCCUACGGUGUCUCUACAGCAGAUUCCUACAAAGAUGCGGUGCGGAAAGCCAUGUUUGCCCGCUUCACAGAGAUGGAGUAACGUGCUCUGGUGUGCGAGCCUGCCAAGCAUUUGUUGGCCAGAACUGACUGUUAAACCCUGUAGCCUUGCUGGCCUGGCUGUGUUCUGAUUAUGGGUUAGAGCUGACCAUUUCAUUCCCUUGGACUUUUCUCCCCUCUCAGCGUUUUAACACUUCUGUGAGUAAAUUGUCAGAACUGUCCCAACUUCAUGCUGGAGAGCUCCUAGCUAGACCAAAGGGGAUGCUGAUCUUUAUACGUUCUUGUAUAUAGUGUAAUGUAUUUUGUUUGGAGUGUGUUGUCUCACUGCCGCUCCUGUCCUCCAGAGCAGGAGCAGGAUGUGUUAGUUGUGGUUUCACACUGUCUCUGCUCUUCUUUUGUUGUAUUGUCUCUCUGUUUCUGUUU